AUGGCGCGCACCGUCCUGUCUUGCCAGACACCAUCGACAGUGGCACAGCAGUUGUCUGAACUGCUUCAAUGCUUUCCUUCUGCAGCAAUCGGUGGCAUCCAAUGGAAGACACUCCUGAGCAAAUACGAGGAGCGCUACAGCACACGCCUGGACAUCUUCGGGCUCGGCCACACGUCGCCGCUCGCCGCCACGACCACACUUCUGUGGGAUGUCCUGCGCCUCGUUGACAGCGAAGAUGGCGACAACCCCAUCGUGGCGGUGGAGGACUCGGUGGUGCUGGUCCCGAAGCCUGGCAGUGCAGCGAGCUGGCCUUCUCUCUACAAGGUGCUUUGCAGCGUGCUGCGUGAGCAUGGCACCGUGCAGGAGGAGGGAGGCCAGCAGUCGAUCCUGGUGUCACAGCUGAAGCCGCUGCUCCAGCGCUACUGGCACAGCACCUUUGAUGAGGGAAGCCUUGGCUACCUCACGGAGGAAGGCUCUGCCGUCAAGAUGAAGAAGAUGAAGCAUCUCCUUCAGGCCCUGCUCCGCUGGCGCACGCAGCGCCUGGACUGGCAGUCCUGCGGUGGCCGCCACAGUCGGGAUAUGGAUGAGGCGCUCGCGCCAGAGCUGGAGCUCUUGCCUUCGAAGCGGCACAAUGACCUGCUGCUGCGCUUCGCUGGCUCCGUCCCUCAGGAAAAGCCGUGGACAGCUUUGGGCCAAGUUCUUCCGUACCAAGGCGAGGAAGACGAGGCGGGAGAGGCUCUAUCCCCGGAAGUGUCGACCGUGGCCUCAACGACCUCGUCAGCCGUGCAGGAGGAGCUUGCCGCUCUGCGAGCAGAGAAUGAGAAGCUGCGGCACAGGAACAGUGCGCUGGAAAAGAGCGUCCGGGACCAGGACAGCGUUCCAGAGGCGCAGCUGCCGGAGAACCUCUUCGACAAUCCGUACGAACCGCCCCCCCAGGUUUGGCAUGGCGGGUGGAGCGCGGCUUCUUCGCCUACAGCCUCUACAGUGGCCCACAGCACCUUCAGUGGCAGUGACGGCACCCCUUUGGGUUCUGGCUGCGUCACACCCGUCCAGCUGGCGCCGGUGGGACAGGCGAUCACACUGGUGCCGAUGGGUUGGUUUGCGAUGGGUGACCGUGGGCUCAUUCCCUGCGGCCUCGUGCAGCAGGCUCGCGCUGUCUUUGAGCAGCACACGGCCAUCCCGAAUUGGUUCAUGCAGCAGUGA